CAAAUGCUUCCUUCUGAUUCGGUCCUGCCCUUCCUCUGCUCACAGGAAUGAGAAGGAGAAAGUCCUCAUCGAGGGCUCCAUUAACUCUGUGCGUGUCAGCAUCGCAGUGAAGCAGGCCGAUGAGAUCGAGAAGAUCUUGUGCCACAAAUUCAUGCGCUUUAUGAUGAUGAGGGCCGAGAACUUCUUUAUCCUGCGCAGGAAGCCCGUGGAGGGUUAUGACAUUAGCUUCUUGAUCACAAACUUCCACACGGAGCAGAUGUACAAGCACAAGCUGGUGGACUUUGUUAUCCACUUCAUGGAGGAGAUUGACAAGGAGAUCAGCGAGAUGAAGCUCUCUGUCAACGCCAGGGCCCGCAUCGUGGCAGAGGAGUUCCUCAAGAAUUUUUAGGCCGUGGUGCAGGACCCCGUGGCUCCCGAUGCUUGUGCCCACCAGGCACCUGCCU